CCGUGCCAAGUGGAAAGGCCGGGUGAGCAGAGAUCCCAGGCUCUGGCCCUGACAGCUGCACUGCCUCCAAGCGCUGCCAUGAACCACUUCCAGACCAUCCUGGCUCAGGUCCGGAUGCUGCUCUCCAGCCAUCAGCCGAGCCAGGUGCAGGCCCUCCUGGACAACCUGCUGGAGGAGGAGCUUCUCUCCAGGGAGUACCACUGCGCCCUGCUCCAUGAGCCUGAUGCUGAGGCUCUGGCCAGGAAGAUCUCCUUGACCCUGCUGCAGAAAGGAGACCCGGACUUGGCCCUCUUGAAGUGGGCCUGGAGUGGGCUGCAGGUGCCAGCAUCCGAGAGGGCCCUCGGCUACAAGGACCAUGGUGGCAGUGGACAGUGUGCCGCCAUGGAGUUGGAGCCUCUAGAAGGUGGCUACCUGGAGCUCCUUAACAGCAGUGCUGACCCUUUGCAGCUCUACCACCUCUGUGACCAGUUGGACCUGGCUGGGGAAGAAGAGAUCGAGCUCUGCUCAGAACCCGACACAGACACCAUCAACUGUGAACAGUUCAGCAGGCUGUUGUGUGCCAUAGAAGAUGAUGAAGAGACCAGGGAAGCGUAUGCCAAUAUCGCCGAACUGGACCAGUACGUGUUCCAGGACUCCCAGUUCGAGGGCCUGAGCAAAGACAUUUUCAUCGAGCACAUAGGAUUGGAAGAAAUAAUCAGCGAGAGUGUGGACGUGCUGGAGGAAGCAGGACAAAAACGUCAGAAAAGACCCUUCCCAGAGGAGCUGCCUGUGGACCUGAAGCACAGGAAGCUCGCCGAGCCCAUCACCGUGCCCGUGGUGACUGGUACUUUCCUGGUGGGGCCAGUGAGUGACUCCUCAGCUCUGCCCUGCCCGUCACCACCUGCUCUGUUCAGCAAGGAUCCGGCAUCCAGCCAGACCCAGCCGGAAGAAACCACCCUGCCACCCGCGCCCCCCUCCGGCUCCUUGUUGAGCUGCCUGAGUCUCCCGGCUGGAUCCUUCCAGAUCAUCCCCGCUCUCCCCACUCUGCCCCAGGGGCUCUGGCAGAUCUCAGGCGCUGGGACAGGCGUCUCCAGUAUAGUCAUCUACCAAGGUGAGAUGCCCCAGACCAGCCAAGCACCCCCAUCCAGCAGUCCAGCUGUCCACAGCCUCCCGAAGACCCCUGAGCGGCCCGGCUCCACCAGCCCCUUCGCCCCAUCCGCAGCUGAUGACCUGCCCAGCAUGCCGGAAGCAGCCCUGACCUCCCGUGCAAGCACAACAGAGGAUGAGCUGUCCCCCACCCAAUGCCCGGCAGCUUCCGAGGUUUCCAGCAAGCUUCCAAAAUGGCCUGACAGUGUGGAGCAAUUCUGCCGCUCCCUACGGGACAAGUACCAGGCUGAGCCCGCAGGCCCGGAAGGCAUCCUGGUGGAGGUGGAGCUGGUGAGGGCACGGCUGGAGAGGAGCAGCAGCAAGAGCCAGGAGAGGGAGCUGGCCAACCUGGACUGGGCAGAGCGGCAGCCGGCCCGCGGGGGGCUGGCUGAGGUGCUGCUGGCUGCCAGUGACCGCCGGCAACCACGUGAAACGCAGGUGAUUGCCGUGCUGGGCAAGGCAGGACAGGGGAAAAGCUGCUGGGCCCGGGCGGUGAGCCGGGCCUGGGCCUGUGGCCAGCUGCCGCAGUACGAUUUCGUCUUCCACCUGUCCUGCCACUGUUUGGACCGGCCAGGGGACACCUACCGCCUGCAGGACCUUCUCUUCUCCCUGGGCCCGCAGCCACUGCCGGUGGACAGUGAAGUCUUUGGUCAUAUCUUGAGGAGGCCCGACCGCGUCCUGCUCAUCCUGGACGCCUUCGAGGAGCUGGAAGCCCAGGACGGCCUCCUGCACGGUGCAUGCGGACCCUCGGCGGCCGAGCCCCGCUCGCUCCGGGGGCUGCUGGCCGGCCUCCUCCAGCGCAAACUGCUCCGGGGCUGCACUGUGCUGCUCACAGCCCGGACCCGGGGCCGCCUGGCCCAGAGCCUGAGCAAGGCGGAUGCCCUGUUCCAGAUGCCCGGCUUCUCAGCUGAGCAGGCCGAGACCUAUGUGCUGUGCUACUUUGAGCGGUCGGGGGCCACUCACCACCAAGACAGAGCCCUGGCGCUCCUCCAGGACCAGCCACUUCUCCUCAGUCACAGCCACAACCCCACGGUGUGCCGGGCAGUGUGCCAGCUGUCAAAGGCCCUCCUGGAGCUGGGACAGGAGGCCGAGCUGCCCUCCACGCUCACGGGACUCUACGUUGGCCUGCUAGGCCCAGCAGCCCGGGACAGCCCCCCAGGGGCCCUGCAGGCACUGGCCAAGCUGGCCUGGGAGCUGGGCCGCAGACACCACAGCACCUUGCAGGAGGACCAGUUUCCAUCGGAGGAGGUGAGGACCUGGGCUGUGGCCAGAGGCUUGGUGCAGCCUGUGCCCGAGGCCCCAGAGAUGGAGCUGGCCUUCCCCAGCUUCCUUCUGCAGUGCUUCCUGGGAGCCGUGUGGCUGGCUCUGAGCAGUGAGAUUAAGGACAAGGAGUUGCCACAAUAUUUGGCACUGACCCCGAGGAAGAAGAGGCCCUAUGACAACUGGCUGGAGGGCGUGCCGCGCUUUCUGGUCGGGCUGGUCUUCCAGCCUCGCGCCCGCUGCCUGGGAGCCCUGGCGGGGCCAGUGGCGCUCACCUUGGUGGACAGAAAGAAGAAGAUGCUCACCAGGUACCUGAAGCGGCUGCAGCCGGGCACACUGCAGGCAGGGCGGCUGCUAGAGCUGCUGCAUUGUGCCCACGAGGCGCUGGAUGCUGGCCUUUGGCAGCAUGUGGUGCAGGGGCUCCCCGCCCGUCUCUCCUUCCUGGGCACCCGUCUCACGCCUCCGGAUACCCAUGUGCUGGGCAGCACCCUGCAGGCUGCGGGCCGCGACUUCUCCUUGGACCUCCGUAACACUGGCAUUGACCCCUCUGGACUGGGAAGCCUCGUGGGACUCAGCUGUGUCACCCAUUUCAGGGCCGCCUUGAGUGACACGGUGGAGCUGUGGGAGUCCCUACGACAGCAUGGGGAGGCCAAGCUACUCCAGGCGGUAGAAGACAAGUUCACCAUUGAGCCUUUCAAGGCCAAGUCCAUGAAGGAUGUGGAAGACCUGGGCAACCUUGUGCAGAUCCAGAGGACAACAAGUUCCUCAGAAGACACAGCUAGGGAACUCCCCGCUGUCCGGGACCUAAAGAAGCUAGAGUUUGCGCUGGGCCCUGUCUUGGGCCCCCAGGCUUUCCCUAAACUGGUGAGGAUCCUCGAGGCCUUUUCCUCCCUUCAGCAUCUGGACCUGGACUCACUGAGUGAGAACAAGAUUGGGGACGAGGGUGUCGCGCAGCUCUCAGCCACCUUCCCUCAGCUGAAAGCCCUGGAGACACUGAACCUGUCUCAGAACAGCAUCACGGACGUGGGCGCCUGCAAGCUCGCAGAGGCCCUGCCCUCCUUGGCUGCAUCCCUCCUUAGGCUGAGCUUGUACAAUAACUGCAUCUGUGACGUGGGAGCCGAGAGCCUGGCACACGUGCUUCCAGACAUGGUGUCCCUGCGGAUCCUGGAUGUCCAGUACAACAAGUUCACGGCCUCCGGGGCCCAGCAGCUCACAGCCAGCCUGAGAAAGUGCCCUCAUGUGGAGACGCUGGCGAUGUGGACGCCCACCAUUCCGUUUGGCGUCCAGGAGCAUCUGCAGCAGCUGGACUCUCGGAUCAGCCUGAGAUGAUCCCGGCUGCGCCUGGGAGAAGCACAUUCUCAGAGGACACCGACCAUGCUGGACCUUGAACUGGCUAUUUGUGGACACGGCUCUUUUCGGGUCAUAUCCCGUGAGCCUCAGCGUCCUGGCACCCAGCCCUGCCGGCUGCACAGAGGACCCAUGGCCUGCUCUGCGGACAGACCCAGGCCGGCUCCAGGCUUCUUCGGGCCCAGGUUGAUGACAGCUCUCAGCCGUAGCGGCCCUGGCAGACGAGCGGGCGCCUGGUGGCAGCUGCAGUCCACCUGGAGCGCUGACAUAUUUAAUGCAGGACACUCGACAGCUGUGGCCAGGCCCAAAUGAGGGACAGAGGUGGCCACAUCUCCACCUGUCCAGGUUCCUGCCAGCCUGGGGAGAAAGCCCUUCUCCAGCCGCUGGCCUAACAGGACAUGCUAGGUACUCUAAGGAUACCGGAAGGGGACCCCCACCUUCUCAUUCCCUGGCUGGGACAGGCUGGGACUCUGUGGCAGCUGCUCUGUCUGUGGGACUCAAUGUUUUACACUAAUUUUGUUCUCCGAGGUCAAAGCUAGGCCUGGCCAGAAGCACUGGACCGUAGCAGGAUGACAGCAGAGAGUACACUAAUGAAGGAGGGGAGGGACAUGGACAGAAACCACAUCUGCCUUUUGCCCUCGUUUCCUGUGUCUUCACUACAUUAUAAAAGUCUCAUUUAAUCCCACAGGCAGGUCCAGUGUUGGAGUUCGUACCGUGAUAACCAUUUUGGGGUGCCCACUGUUGCAGUGAACUAUGCAUCACAAACCACCCUAGAGGCUUCAAACAACACACACCUUUAUUCUGCUAACACACCUGUCUUUUGGGCAGUGCUUGGCAGGGACAGCUUGUCUCUGCCCCACUCAGUGUCAGCGGGAAUCAUCUAAAGCAGGAGUGUCCAAACUGCGGCCCGCGGGCCAACUGCGCCCACAGUCCAUUGUUAAUUGGCCCGCAGCAAAUUCCAAAAAUAUAUUUAGUUUACUUAAAUAAACCAGGUGA